CCAGAUUAUCCCAUCAAGUCCCCAGCCUGUCCCCAGUUUGUGGCCACCCUGCCCCCACCAAGGGCCACCUACACAUGAGGAUGAGACGUGACCUCGCUUCCUUCCCCUUCAUCCGAAGAGCCGCCAGCCAGGGGAGCGGUGGCCACAGCAGCGAGUGACAGCCAGUCCACAUGGCUGGGGACACCAGGAUGGCCGGGAAGGUGGCGCUGCUCCUGUGGGCCCAAACUCUCAGCCUUGCUGGUGCCCAGACCACCCAGCUCCUUGUGGAGCCCCCCUGGACGCCAGCAGUGUGGUGGGACCGGGUGACACUGACCUGCCAGGGCUCAGGGACUGCCAGUGCCACCACCUGGUACAAGGAUGGGCAGCGCUGGGGGCAGGAGGGACGCGAUCACUUCACUGUCACUGACAGUGGCACCUACAUGUGUGACAGACCUGGCAGUGGGCUCAGCCCCACCGUGAGUGUCUCAAAUGGCUGGCUGGUGCUGCAGGUGCCAGCGCGUACGCUGCUGGAGGGGGACACAGUGACACUGCGCUGCCGGCGCUGGUGGGACAGUGCAAUCGGCUCGGUGUCCUUCUACCAUGAGAAGAAGAAACUGGGGGUGUUUCCCAAUGGCACCGAGAUGUGCCUGUCCCCUCUGCAGCUGCACCACAAUGGCCGCUAUCGCUGCAAAGCCCAGGCUGGAUCCUGGGGGUGGCAGGAGUCAAUGCCGGUGACAGUGACAGUGCACGAACUCUUCACGGUGCCAGUGCUGGAGGGUCCCCCUGAGCCCACCGAGGGGUCCUCCCUGACUCUCAGCUGCCUCAGCACCCCCAGUCCCCUGCGGCCCCGAGCCCCUCUCCUGCACGUGUUCUAUCGGGAUGGGCAGGUGGUUGGGGGCCCACAGGGGUCCCCACAGCUGCUGGUGCCCGCUGUGGGGGUCUCCCACUCGGGGAAUUACAGCUGCGAGGUGCAAUCCAAGGGGGGAGCUGUGCGGAAGAGCAGUGCCUGGUUCCGCGUCAGGGUGCGCAUGCCUGUGGCCAAUGUCAACAUCACCUGCAGUGUCAAGGAGGUGACACCACAGGACACAGGGACUUACAGGGGCACAGGGACACACAGGGACACAGUGGCUGCGGGGCUCAGUGGGGCCCUUUUGUUCCUGCUCCUGCUCAUGGGUGUCAUUGUGGCCUGGCACCGGUGGCACCGUGUGGCUGCCAGGAAGAACCAGGAAAGGCCCCCUCCAGAUCCCCCAGCCCCCCAAGAGGAGGGGGAGGUGCUGUACACCCACGUCAUGGUCACCAAGAGGGCAGGGGUGUCCCCCCGUGCCACCACCCUCCAGGAUCCCCAGGUCACCUACGCGGAGCUGCGGGGACCCCAGGGGCGACCACGGGAACCCGGAGACAUCUACGGGAAUGUGCUGUGACACUGGGGGGAACUGGGGGGCACUGAGGGUCCCCACCCAUGGGCACCCACUCCUGUGUGUGCUGCCACUAAAAAGUGCCCCUCUCCCUCCCCGUGGAGGCACAAAGAUCCCAAAGGGCUGAGAGAAGAACAAUUUCC